UGGGCGCAGUGUCGCCGGCGGUGCUGUGUUUGGUGUUGGUCUGUGCUCAGCGCCUACCGCCCCCUGUCUCUUUUAUUGUGCGCGGCUCUCGUCUUGCCUGGGUCAGCGGCUCCCGGGGCGCGCCUCUUUCCCUUCUUUUCCCUUGUGCGCUUCCUCAGAGCGAUUUGUCCGCUCCCCUUGUCCGCUGAGGGGGGGCGUCCCCCCAGCCCGCGCCCCUUUUCUCCCCCCUCCUGGCCGGGGGCUUGCGGCGCUUCCUUCUGGAUGCGUCCCCGCAGCCCCGGGCGGGAGGCGGCCAGGGGGAAGCGCUGCCUCCGAGGAUUUACCGCUGCCUGGGACUCGGACCCGCUCCUUCCCCGCGGGCGCACCCGGCGCCCCGGCUCCGCUGCCGCUCCGGGCCGCCGCCGCUGCUGCCAUGGACGAGAAGUACCUGCCCGAGCUGAUGGCGGAGAAGGACUCGCUGGACCCGUCCUUCACCCACGCCUUGCGGCUGGUCAACCAAGAAAUUGAAAAAUUCCAAAAAGGGGAAGGAAAGGAAGAAGAAAAGUAUAUUGAUGUAGUCAUCAAUAAGAAUAUGAAGUUGGGACAAAAAGUUCUGAUUCCAGUAAAACAAUUCCCUAAGUUCAACUUUGUGGGAAAACUUUUGGGUCCACGUGGUAAUUCUCUAAAGCGUUUACAGGAAGAAACACUGACAAAAAUGUCUAUUUUGGGAAAAGGUUCCAUGAGGGACAAGACAAAGGAGGAAGAGUUGAGAAAAAGUGGAGAGGCAAAGUAUUUCCACCUAAAUGAUGACCUACAUGUUUUAAUUGAGGUAUUUGCUCCACCUGCAGAAGCAUAUGCCAGAAUGGGACAUGCAUUGGAAGAAAUCAAGAAGUUCCUCAUCCCUGACUACAAUGAUGAAAUCAGACAGGCACAGCUUCAAGAAUUGACAUAUUUAAAUGGUGGCUCAGAAACUGCAGAAGUUCCAGUUGUCCGUGGAAAAGCAUCGAUUCGAGCGAGAGGAGUGCCAGUUCCUGCUUUGUCCAGGGGCCGUGGGGGAGUGCCUCCGCCACCAGCAGGAGUGCCCAGAGGGGCACCAGCUCCCCGGGGAGUCCCUCCCAGCAGAGGACCAGUCAGUCGGAGCCGGGGACUUCUGGCACCCAGAGCACGAGGAGUUCCUCCCCCGGCAGGGUACCGGCCCCUGCCGCCGCCCCCGGCACAGGAGACCUACGGGGAAUAUGAGUAUGAUGAUGGCUAUGGAGCUGCUUAUGAUGAACAAAGCUAUGAUUCCUAUGAUAACAGCUAUAGCACUCAAGCACAAAGUGGAGCAGAUUACUACGACUAUGGCCACGGACUGAGUGAAGACACCUACGACUCCUAUGGGCAAGAAGAAUGGACCAACUCACGACACAAGACACCUUCUGCAAGGACAACAAAAGGAGUCUACAGAGACCAGCCAUAUGCCAGAUACUGAUUGUACUGUCUGAUGUUGUGAAAUAUCCAAUCUCCACCAGUCCUGUAUACUGUUCAAAGUAAUUUUUUCUAUGAACAAUCCCUUUUUAUUAACUCAAAGUGCAUAAAAUUCUGAAUGGAUGGACUGAACUUUAAACAUUUUGUUGAAAGAACAACCUGGACAGAAAGAUAUGUAAAACAAGGAACUUUGUUAUUUCCAAACUGUGUUUGAAAAAAUAGGUGAUCAAAAAAAAACCUUUGAUUAACUAGUGUUAAACAAAAAAUAGGUUUACUAAAUACGUUAGUCCAUUCUUUUUAACAUAAGUGUAACCUUUUAUUUUAAAGGUUUUCAACAAUUUAGUUUUUAGCUUUUAUUUUCAGCCAUUUGCUAGAUUUUCUCUUUGCAAACAUGCGUAAAAAGGGAAGCAAACUACAAAUGCGAAUAAUGUGGUAUUUUGUAACUCAAGUCUUGAAAUGUUCUGUAGUGUUAAGCAAAGUUUUACCCUUGCUUGAUACUAAAUAAACUUUUGAAAGAAAAUCA